AUGUCCCCAAACGGCGACUUCUGCGUCUUUAGGCCGGGUCCCAAGCGCAUCAUGAACGGAACGUCGUCGGAUUGGCGAGAUAUCGCUCGACGAAAGACCGCGGAUAGGCAGGCUCGCCUAAGACAGUGGCCACAUUGGCAACUGAAGGAGGCAGUCCCCAAUUCGAUAACGGAUGUGUCGAAUGUACCCACGUCCCAGCUAACAGCUCGAGAACACGAGAUCGUGCAUCAAGAUGCCACUUCGCUCGUCGAACGCCUUCGUGAUCGCCGUUAUACCGCAGUCGAGGUUCUCGAGGCUUUCUGCCACGUUGCGACAAUCGCCCAGGAUCUGACUAAUUGCCUCACGGAGAUUAUGUUCGAGGAGGGUUUGGCAAGAGCUCGGGAGCUUGAUCAGUAUUUGCGGCGCACAGGACAGGUUGUCGGACCUUUACACGGCCUGCCAGUUUCUAUCAAGGAUCACAUACGUGUCAAGGGCUGCGACGGUGCCACUGGCUAUGUUACUUGGGCCUACCACAAGGUUGCGCCACAGGAUGCUGUGGCGGUCGACAUCCUCCGGAAAGCCGGAGCAAUCAUCUAUGUGAAGACUGCCAACCCGCAGACUCUAUUGUCAUUGGAAACGAAUAACAACAUCUAUGGUCGAACAAGUAACCCAUUUAACCGAGCGCUCACUCCGGGUGGCAGUUCCGGAGGAGAAAGCGCUUUGAUCGCCCUUCAUGGAAGCCCAAUGGGUAUUGGCACGGAUAUUGGCGGCUCUAUCCGCAUACCUGCUGCCCACAUGGGUCUGUACGGACUGAAAGGCUCAGUGGGUCGGCUACCUCAUGCCGGCUUGGAAGGUUCACACGAUGGCAUGGAUGCAAUCGUAGGCGCACUGGGCCCUCUUGCAACCUCUGCGCGAGAUCUAGCCCUCUUCUGUCGUGUGAUGCUUGAGUACGAGCCAUGGCUCAUCGAGCCGCCUCUUCUGGAGAUUCCGUGGAAGCAAAGCUUAACGGAGGGGAAGGGACUUCCCGAGAAGCUCUCGAUCGCCAUUCUGUGGGAUGACGGGGUGGUAGCCCCGCAUCCUCCAAUCUUGGAUGCGCUCAAGCGCACGAAGGACACGUUAAUCGCCGCAGGACAUGACGUUAUUUCGUGGAUACCUAUUGAUCACAAGGAGGCAUGGGAUCUAAUGUUAAAGUUAUACUUUCUCGAUGGCGGAGAAGAAUACCGGGAGACGAUGAAACAUGAGCCAAUGGUCCCGCAAACGGAAUGGAUCAUGUCGCAAGUGCCUAACGAGGGAAAACCAUACGCAGCGGAAGAGAUUUUCAGGCUGAACGUCUCUCGCGAAGCUUUCCGCACCAGGAUUGCUGCGCAUUGGAAUGAUACGAGAUGGAGGACAGCCACUGGCAGACCCGUCGACGCUGUUCUCAGUCCGGUCGCUCCCACGUUAGCUCCGCCACAUGACACGACGCGCUGGUGGGGAUACACAUCCUACUGGAACUUGUUGGAUUUCCCCGCGGCAGUAUUCCCAAUUGGCAGAUUCAGGGCUGGAAGCUACGUCCCUCUAGACGUCACUGAUGAGUUCGUUGCUAGCCCGAACGCGCGGAGUGCGGAGGAGCAGUACGUCAGGAGACAGUGGGUCUCGCAAACCUACGAUAAUGCAUCUGUCAGUUUGCAGUUGAUUGGCAGACGAUUGAAUGAAGAGAGAUUGCUGGGUGUGCUUUCUGUAGUGGAGGGGGCGAUGCGGAAGUCACAAGGGAAUGGGGCAUAG